UUCUGGGAAUCCUGUUCCCUAGACGUCAGGGAUAUCCACUUCCCCGGAGAGACCCGGACUUGGCCUAGCAUGGAUUCAACCGAUCCCGCGGAGGGACCAGAUAUCGUCUUCAGAUCUGAGAAUGAGGCCGAAGCCUACCGAGCGAAAUGGUUAUGGAGUUUGACCCAGUUCCGGGAAGCUUUUAAUGAUUGGCGGAACGUGGAUGAGAAUCAGACUCAAGACUGGUGGUUGGCCUCAACGGCUAUCCCACUUGCGGCUGCAACGACGGCUCCUUUGGCCAAUCUCAUGUCUGUUGUUGCGCUGGUGACUUCGUGGCGAAAUAAGGUCCAUCCCCACGAAUUAGACAGUCAAGGCCGGCCACGCCAGACCGCAGUACCGGAUCCGACUUGGAGCAUAGCCCUUAAUGCUUCGUCUUUAGUUUUCGGGGUAUUGGGAAAUCUGUUUCUCCUUUUCAAUUUUACAAGAAAGAUGCGGUAUAUCGUUGCACUACCGGCUUCAAUGUGCUUAUGGUUUCUGGCUACGGGUCUUCUGGUCGGAAUUUCAAUAUCUCUAGAAAUCUACGCACCACCCAUUCCACCGGAUCAAGUUUUUUCUCAAGGCUAUUGGAGCGCCGUGAUAGCAGCAACCCUCUACUUCAUUCUAGCUGUAAUGCUAAUGAUCAAUCUCCUGGGUUAUAUGUUAGAUCAUUAUCCUGGACACUUCGCUCUUACGGAUGACCAGCGCACACUAAUCCUACAAACCACUUCUUUUAUGGUCUGGCUGGCCGUUGGCGCAGCUGUAUACCAGAAGCUUGUUGACAUCACCUUUGCCGAUGCUUUGUACUUCUCAGAUGUAACAGUGCUCACCUUGGGAUAUGGCGACAUUACUACAGGCAACGAUGUGGCGAGAGGUUUGAUUUUACCAUAUGCGGUGAUUGGGAUUAUCAUCCUGGCUCUCAUUGUCGCUAGUAUCAGUCGAUUCGCGAGGGAGGUAACCAACGCCAAUGUCGUGAAGGCUCAUCUCCAUCGCCGAAGAGCACAAGUUUUGCAACGCUCUAAUGCCAUCAAUGAGGAAUACGAAAGAUUUGCUCAAGAGCCAAGCGAACAAAAUGAAGCACAGAAAGACAAGGGACGACAGCGUACACCUUUACGAGAUAUGGUUUCUAAUCUCAGAUCUAAUAGGUCAAGGACAUUGGUCAUGCGCGAGGAAAAAGAACGAUUUGAUGCCAUGAGAGCUAUACAAGACGAAACAUUGCGAUUUCGCCGCUGGAUGUCUUUAUUUAUGAGUCUCAUCAGUUUCGCCGUUGUUUGGUGCGGAGGAGCGGCCGUCUUCUCCGCAUUGGAGGGUAUCACCUAUUUCAACGGGCUGUAUUUUGGAUUCUGUUCUCUACUCACCAUCGGUUAUGGAGAUAUUACGCCACAAAGUAAUGGCGGACGCCCUUUUUUCAUUGUCUGGUCUCUCAUUGCUAUACCAACAAUGACAAUUCUCAUCUCGAAAAUGAGUGACACUAUCCUGGCUGUUGUCAACACUGCGACUAAUUUUGUCGCGGAGUUCACAUUACUGCCCGAGCAGGGCCGCUAUACCCGGUUCAUCUCACAAUUUCGCAUAGUUCGAGAAUACCUCGAGCGACGAGCAGAAGCAGAACGCAUAGAGCGAGGGUUUCCCAUCGGAGUGCAGGACCCGGAGAACGUCGAUGAAGCGGCCACCAAGAAAAGGGGAGUCAACGAUUACGAACGUGCCGAGCCUCCUCCCCGAACGUUUCAACAACUCGAGAAAGACCGCAGAUCGCCACCUCGAUUGGCACGCGACCUUAUAUUCGCCAUCCGCCGAGUCACACAGCAUGUCGUUGCGGGCGAAAUCAAACGAUACUCCUACGAAGAAUGGGUAGAGUUUACGCAACUGAUCCGAUUCACAAAUCCGAAUACAGGAAAAUCUCCGGAUAUCGCUCUGGAUGAGAACGAAUGGGGUCUUAUAGAGUGGGACUGGAUGGGUGAAAAUAGUCCCAUGAUGGCUGAACAGACGGAACCUGAAUGGGUUCUGAAUCGUCUGACGGAAAGUUUACUGCGGUACAUGGCUAGUAUAGAGUCUCAGCAUGAGGGGGAAGAUAAGCCGCACAGUCUGUCGUUUCGUGGUAAAGACGAGGAUAAAGAUAAUGGCGGCGAUCCUCGUGCUGUAUCUUCGUCAGAUUCAAGGAACCGCAGGACGGCUAGUGCGCCUACUAAUAUUUAA